AUGGCUGAGCCUCCCAAGACUAGUCUCCCCCGGAAGAGCGCCUUCUCAUGCGAGGCCUGUCGUAAACGCAAGGUUAAAUGUAACGGCGCUAGCCCGUCAUGUUCGCGAUGCGCAGCGCGCAGCGAGCAGUGUGUGUAUAGCUUAGCCCCGACAUUAUCGUACACGAAGCAGCUUGAGGCUAGGGUGGCACAGUUGGAGGAUGCUUUAUCGAAGCGCGUCGAUGGGGAAGAGGUGCGGAAGACAAGAUCGCCAUCCUUAGCUACGUCCAGCUCGAGCGGACCGAAGAUAAAGAUUGAUCCCGAUACUGAAGAUCUCACCCGGGCAUUUGAUGGUCUCAAUGUGGAAAAUGACGGUCGCGUCUCAUUUCAUGGUCCGACUAGUUUGUUCCAGCUGCCUAGUGGGGUGGUGAAUGAAGCCGCGUCGACUUCGCAUCACGCGCAGGAAUUGGAGGGUCGCAAAGAGCGGCUUGUUAAUAGCGCAUGGCGGGAAAGAGCAUUCGAGCAAAUGGCUGCUAUACCGGAGCCUUUCCAGUAUCUUCUCGACUCGCAUUGGUGUUGGAUCCAGCCACUGUGGAAUUUUGUCUACCGUCCUGCAUUUACACGUGAUAUGAAAAUAAAUGGGGCGUAUUACUCGGACGUCCUGUUAAAUGCCAUUCUUUCUCACUCGGUACGAUGGUGCAAAGCCGAGCCUCAAGUUGGUCCGCUUCUAGACUCCUAUGACGGCGGUGCACAAUUCUCCCAUCGUGCAUUGACUGGGGUGUUCGACUCCCUCAAAGUUGGUUAUGCAGGCAUCCCGACCAUUCAGACAUUACUCCUUCUCAGUGCCCAGGAGUGUGGCCGUGGAAAUCGAACGCAAGCUUGGCUAUACAGUGGCAUGGCCUUCCGGCUGCUGGACGACUUGGGUAUCUCCAUCGACAGCCGGAAAUAUUCAGGAUCUGCUCAUUUGAGUGAUGAGGAUAUUGAAAUACGGAAUCGCCUAUUUUGGAGUUGUUAUUUCUGGGAUAAGGUGGUUUCACUGUACUUCGGCCGGGCGCCAACGAUGCAGCAAUCCCACGUUAGCCCGCCACGCAUGAUUCUCGAUGAUACCGCUGAGAUCGAAAUAUGGACACCUCAUGGGGUAGGCUUCACUGAUGGUGCCCACUAUCCACCAACACAGGCGCAUUCAACGUCAUGUUUCAUGAAGAUGUGCGGUCUGGCGGAAAUAUUGAACCAGAUCCUGAUCCACAUAUACGACCCAAUCCGCCGAAGCACGGACUCUGAAUUCUUUGAUUGUGUUCAGGAACAGGCCAAGAAUCUAAGUGACUGGUGGGAUGAGCUACCUGAGUACUUGAAAUUGGCGGCGGUCGAUCUUCCUCCAUACUCACCACCCAGCCAUAUCGUGAUCUUGAACUGUUUAUAUCAUACUAUCAACAUCCUUCUCCACCGACCAAUACUCUGCUCUCGAGAGCUAUUGAAAGCCCGCCCGGAGGCACAUGACUCGAACCAUCUUGUACAGUGCAUGGCAUCAGCAACAUCAAUCCUAUCUCUCUUCGAUCUAUACCGUCGUACAUUCGGCGAUAGCCACGUCGUCCUCUCUCUGGCAUACAGCAUCUAUACAGCAGCAUCGAUUUUCCUACUCGAGAUCCAAGCCCUAAAGUACGCCGCACCAGGAACCCUGGACAAGCUCAAAUUCUGCAUUUUCGCCCUUGAGAGGGUCAAGGCCGCCAACCCCGUUAUCACAACAGCCCUCAGCCUCAUAUCUCAGGAGCUCCAAAGACUCCAAAUCAACAUCCACGGACCAAUGCCCACGCCUAUUCCUAAAACCGAACAGGAACACCCCCAACAUCACCAAUCCCCACCUCAACACCACCCUCAACACAGCCAGUCCCCGUCAGUAGGCAGCAACCGAUCCCGCCACGUCUCUCCAGGUCAGCACCACCAACCACAAGCAUCGGUAGCCACUCAAGCCCAAACCACCGGCCCUGAAAACCCGCCUCUGAUGGGAACCUACAAUAACUUCCCGCACACAGGGCCAGGUUUCAACAUCCCGCAUUCAGGCGAAAUGCCCCAACUGCCGCCUACACACUUGCUAGGCGGGAUGCCAAACGCCGUCAUGACGAUGGAUGACCCCCGGUCCUACGAAAUCGCGCCUGAGGUAUAUGAAGCAUUCUCGUAUGCGCAGCCGAUCACAACGAAUAUGACGCCUAUGACGCCUGUCUUUGAGCAGGGCUGGGGUGGUCCUCCUCAAUGA